AUGAACAUGGAUGAAGAGGACGACUUUUACGGCGGGAGUCUGGUAGAGUCAGAGUCAGACUACGCGGAUGACUCUGAAUCUGACGAUGAAGAAAAGGAAUCGGAAGCUGAAGACAUUGAAUUGCCCCAGGGUGUACAGGCAGAGAUUGAUACUGAUUUCAACCGAUUAGUGAGCAACAUUCGCAUGACAGACGAUGUCUCAAAUGCAGCGAUGCUUCAUCGAGAAUGGGACUUCAAUAUCGCCCAGCAAGACGCCGAAUUUCGUGAUGACCUUCGCGAAGCAUCUGGGAUAGGGAAGAAAAAAGGCAAGAAGCGCGGCCGUCAGCACGGACCCGUGCUCUCCCAUCAAGUACGCGCCCUCAUAGGUGAAGGAAACCAAGCAUAUGUCGAUGGAAACAUCCCGGAUGCCAUACGAAUCAUGCAGGAAGUCAUUCGCAUUGAGCCUCGAGCGUCUUCUGCGUGGUCCGUUAUUGCUCAAUGCUAUGAAGAUUCCAAUGAACCGAAGAAGGCGCUUCAACUGCGCAUCAUGGCGGCGCAUCUUCGACAUGAUGCGGAUGAAUGGGAAAGAUUAGCAGCACAAUCAAGAGAUUUGGGCUAUAACCAACAAGCUAUAUAUUGCUACAGCAAGGUAUAUAGUCUUGACCCGACAAAUGUCGAUGCACUUUGGGACCGCGCUUCCUUGGCAAAGGAGAUAAAUGACCUUCGCACCGCUCGACACUCCCUUCUUGCAAUUUUGAAACGGUUCUCACAUGACAUGACAGUUCUGGCAGAGCUUCGACCGAUACUCAUUGAAGUAUCAGACCUUCCCCUCUGUGCCUCUCUUUACCAGGCUGCUUUGGAGCACUAUCAAACCGUUCAGCCCCUGGGUCCUGCACAGCCCAUCGACCCCUCUCUGACUGACCAACCGUCACCAAACCAAAUAUUCGGCUUCAUCGACCUUUUAGUUCUUGCCGAUCUGUAUAACACGAUGGCAGAAUACGAUCAUGCAAUCCAAAUCAUAAGGAAAGGCUGCAGAUGGUUGCAAGGCCGCGCAAGCCAACGCUUCUGGGAUGGGUGUGUAGACGAUCGAGAAUACGAUUUACCUCGUGAAGAACGGGGCAAUGUGAACGUAGAGCGAAGCGGCGAUGUUCAGCCGGGUCACUAUCCUCUUGACGUCAACGCCCGACACCGACUCGCUAUCGCGCGAAUCAAGCUGGGAGAAGUGGAGGAGGGCAAGAUGCACGCGUCUAUUGUUCUCGCGCAAGAUGUUCUCGAUUACGCUGCUCUUUUUGGAGAGAUCGCUGACUCGUAUUUUGAGCGUGAGAUGUAUGCUGAUGCCAGGCCGAUAUAUGAGGUUCUUGGCGCAGACCCUGCAACCAGUAGCUUUUAUGUACUGCUUCAGGUGGCUGUAUGUCGUAGAAUGCUUGGUGACCUGCAGGAGGCUGCAGAGGUCUAUAAGCAAGUCAUUGAUGCGGAUCAAACCAAUAAUGACGCGAAGAUGAAACUUGCCGAACUCUACGAAAUCAUGGACGAGCCCCGGAAGGCCCUGGAACUCGUUUACCAAGUCAUUGACUCCCGCAAACGACGCACCCACCAGCCUGAAGCCACGCCCACACCUGGUACCGUUCCUCAACCUCAAGGCGCCUCUCUCUUCGAAGAGAAAUCACGCACCAAAGCUAAAACUCCAGCUCCCGGUAAAAGCAGGCUCACCUUGGCCGAGCUCAAAGCGCUCGAAGAGCAACGCGAGCGAGAGGUGAUCUUGGGGUACAAUCGCGUUGAGGAUCUGUGGCCGCGUAUGCUGCAUGGAGACGUGGAGGCGGAGAGGGAGUGGAUGAUUGAGGCUGAGAAACUGGUGGAGAUGUUUAGGGAAACGAGGAAUUUGUUUUUGACGACGAGGGACUAUGACUUUAAGGGCAUGUUCCCAAAGAGAAGAAUACAACGAAGGGACGAUACGGACGAGGAUAGGAUGUUGUCAAGGCUUGAGCUUAAUGAACGCGACAAACAUACCCGUAGAGCCAAAGAUGGCGGCCAGGCAUCCGAGAAGGUUGAUUCGUUCCGCGGCGUUACAUUUUCAAGCUGGCUGAGGAUUUUUAUGCAAUAUGCCUUCGUUCUUACCAAACGGGGAGACUACGAUCAGGCUGAGGAAGUCCUGCGCCAUGUCCUUUUAUCGAACGCCUAUCGAGAUUCCGAUUCACAGAACACGAUUCGAAUAGCGAUCAUCACGUGUGCCGUCUAUGCUGGCAAGUUCUCUAUCGCAGUAGAACAAUGUCGCAAAAUUAUCAACACCCACCAGUUCAACAACGAAGCUUUCCGCCUUCUGCUGGUUUCGUUGGCCAGCGGACAUCGCCCUACUGAUUCGUUUGUUUCUUCUACGUUACAAAAGCAUGUACUUCGUGAACUCCGACUUCACGAUGCUUCCGUCAAGACUCCAGAACUCAUGAAAUGGAAUGUUGUCGGACGCAAGUAUAAUCUAUCGUCGUCAGGCAAGGAAGAGCCGUCAAAAGUUGAGGAAGAAGUGGAUGAGGAAGCAGAGAUCCCCGGUCCAAUGGAGAGUAACACGACAGAAAACACAGCGGUUCGGAUGCCUACGAAGAAUAAUCCAAUCAUCGUCGCUCUCUAUGUCUAUUUGCUGCAUGCAUAUGAUUAUUGCCCUGAAGAUCCUGUUAUCUGCCUGUCUCUGGCCAUUGCUUCUCUUGGUCGAGCUAUGCAGCGGCAGUCUGACAAUCGACACCACAUGAUAGCACAAGGCAUGGCUUUCUUGUCUCAGUAUCGAACACUCCGGAAAUCAUCCGAUGAUGAGAUGCUUGCAGAGGUGGAUUACAAUUUUGGUCGGGCGUUCCAUCAGCUUGGUCUUUACACACACGCUGUCUCGCAUUAUGAGCGUGUUCUUGAGAUUGCUGAAAAGCGGGGAAGCGAGUAUGCGUCCGUCGCAAAAGAGGCCGCGUAUAAUCUUUCUCUCAUCUACGUGACUACUGGUGCCGUGCCAUUAGCUGAUGGGCUCUACAAACGAUGGUUAUCUAUUUAACGAAUUACAACUUCUUGUCCUUUAUGAUGUGUCACACCUUUGUUGAUUUCGUCCGAGACCAUCAUCCGGAGACACUGCCAUCAGUUGUUUCCC